GGGGAGGGGAGUGAGCAGCUCGGAGGGGAGCCGCCGCCGCUGCUGUCGCUGUCGCCGCCACCGGGGCUGGGACGGGAGGGACCGCUGCCCCCCCCUCGCCCGCCCGCCCAAAGAUUUCUCCGCGAGCGUGGGAUUACUAUUCUCCUCCUCGACUGCCCAGGGAUCGGGUCCAUCGUUGGGAGGAGGCUCCAUCCUCCUCGCGCCCCCCCUCCCCCCGCCUCGAAGGUUUGGGGGGACCCGCGAGACAGAGAGAGAGGGAGAGAGCGCGCGCCGCGGAACAAAGGUCCUCAGCCGCUCGACCUCUUUUCGGGUUUGACUCCUGCAGUUCUUCUUCAUCAUGAAGGCCCUUGAUGAGCCUCCCUAUUUGACAGUGGGCACUGACGUGAGUGCAAAAUAUCGAGGAGCCUUCUGUGAGGCCAAGAUCAAGACAACUAAAAGACUAGUUAAAGUGAAGGUAACUUUCAAACAUGAUUCAUCCACUGUGGAAGUUCAAGAUGAUCACAUAAAAGGUGCUUUAAAGGUCGGAACUGUGGUUGAAGUUAGGAAUCCGGAUGGAACUUAUCAAGAGGCUGUCAUCAACAAAUUAACAGAUGCAAGCUGGUACACUGUAGUAUUUGAUGAUGGAGAUGAGAAGACUCUGAGACGCUCUUCACUUUGCCUGAAAGGAGAGAGACAUUUUGCUGAGAGUGAAACAUUAGAUCAGCUCCCCCUUACCAACCCUGAGCAUUUUGGUACGCCUGUAAUAGGAAAGAAAACAAACAGAGGGAGGAGAUCUAAUCAUAUACCAGAAGAAGAAUCUUCUUCAUCUUCGAGUGAUGAAGAUGAAGAUGAUAGAAAACAAACUGAUGAACUGUUAGGAAAAGUGGUAUGCGUUGACUGUGUUAGUGUUGAUAAAAAGAAAAAUCUCUGGUUCCCAGCUUUGGUGGUUUGUCCAGACUGCAGUGAUGAAAUUGCAGUAAAGAAGGACAAUGUUCUUGUGCGUUCUUUCAAAGAUGGAAAAUUCUCUUCAGUACCAAGGAAAGAUGUUCGAGAAAUUACAGAUUCUUCACCAAAACCUGAUGCUACAUUAAAACAAGCUUUUGAUCAAGCCUUAGAAUUCUGUAAAACCAAAACUGUUCCUAGUAAUUGGAAGACUGAAUUGAAAGAAGAAAGCUCCAGUAGUGAAGCGGAAGAGGAGGAAGAAGAUGAAAAAGAAAAAGAGGAUAGCAGUGAAGAAGAGGAAGAAGUAGAACCCUUUCCUGAGGAAAGAGAGAACUUUCUACAGCAGCUUUAUAAAUUCAUGGAAGACAGAGGGACUCCUAUUAAUAAACGACCUGUGCUUGGAUACAGAAACUUGAAUCUCUUCAAAUUAUUCAGACUUGUUCAUAAGCUUGGAGGAUUUGAUAAUAUUGAAAGCGGAGCAGUCUGGAAGCAAGUGUAUCAGGACCUUGGAAUUCCUGUCUUGAACUCUGCGGCUGGAUAUAAUGUUAAAUGUGCUUACAAAAAAUACCUUUAUGGCUUUGAAGAAUACUGUACAUCAGCUAAUGUUGAGUUUAAAAUGGAGCUCCCAGAGAAAAUAACAAGCAAAUCUUGUAAGGACCAUGAAAAAGAUGCGAAAAAGCACGAAGAACCUGAGCUAAAUGUAAAUGAAAUAAAGGUGGAAAUUGAAGAAAAGGAUGAUGAAAUAACGACUGUGAAACAGCAUAUUGCAACAACUGAGAAUGAAAGUGAAAGAAAAGACAAUGACAAAUCUUCUAUGGGAAACAUAAAGGGCUUUCAGGAACCUCACGAAGAUCAAGAAAAUGAAUUACGAAUAAAUAAAACAGAGGAUGAAGCUAAUAUGGAAUAUAAAGAUGCUGAGAAGAAUGAAGACCUGGAGAAUCAGGAUGUCAAUCUAGAAACAGAAGAGGGGGAGAAAUCAAACAAUGGCCCCAUUAAGGAGGAAGAUGAUGAUGAUGAUGAUGAUGAAGAAGAAGAAGAAGAAGAAGCAGAAGAGGAGGAGGAAGAAGAGGAAGAUGGCAACAGUGGGGAAGAAGAGUUUGAAUGUUAUCCACCUGGCAUGAAAGUCCAAGUGCGGUAUGGACGAGGGAAAAAUCAAAAAAUGUAUGAAGCUAGUAUUAAAGAGUCUGAUAUUGAAGGUGGAGAAGUCCUUUACUUGGUGCACUACUGCGGAUGGAAUGUGAGAUAUGAUGAAUGGAUAAAAGCAGACAAGAUAGUGAGACCAGCUGACAAAAAUGUGCCAAAAAUAAAGCAUCGAAAGAAAAUAAAGAACAAAACUGACAAAGAGAAAGAUGAGAAAUAUUCUCCUAAAACAUUUAAGCUGCGACGCUCAUCAAAACCACCUUUUCACGCUAUCAUAUCUCCUGAGUUGGCAUCCAAACCAGACAGCACUGAAGCCAAAACCUCUGAAGCAGCUCCAAAUAAAUCUUUAGAGAUUUUGUCUCUUCUUAAUGGAAUGCAAGCUUCAGAAAGUUCAGAGGACAGUGAACCAGAAGAUGAGCAGAUGACUCCAAAUGCUUGCAAUAAUGGUAAAGAAGAAGUUCAAGAUGAGCCUGUGAAGCCAGACAAUAAUGAACUUUGUCCAAAAGAGCAGAACACCUUAUCCUUUCCAGAAGAAGCUAAAACUCUUAUAGAGGCUACAGCAUCCACACCAGUAUCAAAAUCUCCAGAAAGAUUGCAGAAAGAAUCGGCAGAAUUAUCUGAGGAUACUGAUUAUGAAGGGGAGAAUGAAGCAACCAAGAAGAAGAAAGAUUUUAAAAAAGAGGCAGUGGAUAAAACGAAGCCACCCGUAAAACGUGGUAAAAGAAGGUACUAUGUCACAGAGGAGUGCUUCAAAACGGGGUCACCUAAUGCUAAGGAUGAAAAAUCCAAUGGCAAAGACAUACUUAGCUUGGAAAACAGUAGCAAUAGCUCCUCAGAUGAAGAAGAGGUUAAAAAUAAAUUAAAAACACCUAAUAAGAAGUACAACGGUUUGGAUGACAAAAGAAAGUCCUUGCGGACAACCACUUUUUAUCCAGGUUUCUCUGAAGUGGCAGAUAAGAGAGUAAAGCUCCUAAAUAAUUCUGAUGAAAGGCUUCAAAAUAAUAGAGCUAAAGACCGGAAAGAUGUUUGGUCAAGCAUUCAGGGGCAGUGGCCUAAAAAAACUCUCAAGGAACUUUUUUCAGAUUCUGACACAGAAGCAGCAGCCUCCCCACCACAUGCCUCUCCUGAGGAUGCCGCACCAGAUGAGCAUUUGCAGACUCUUGUAGAAGAGGAAACCUCUUUGUCAAGUUCAAAAGCUGAAAGACCUUUGCCGCCCAACACAGAUACAAAGCCUAUUGAGGAAAAGCCAGCUGAAAUGAGUGACAAGAAAGUUGAAUUCCCAAGCAGUGGCAGUAAUUCGGUCCUUAAUACUCCUCCCACCACACCUGAAUCACCACCAUCAGUAACAGUAGCAGAGUCCAGUAGACAUCAGUCGAGUGUAUCUGUCUCUGAAACUAUGGCACCAAACCAAGAAGAAGUGCGAAGUAUCAAGAGUGAAACGGAUAGCACAAUAGAGGUGGACAGCGUUGUCGGGGAACUGCAGGACCUCCAGUCUGAAGGGAAUAUAUCUCCUACAGGCUUUGAUGCCAGUGUCAGCUCCAGCAGCAGCAAUCAGCCAGAACACAUGGAAAAAGCGUGUACAGGCCAAAAAAGGCUUAAAGAUGCCCAAGGAGGUGGUCCCUCAAAAAAGCAGAAAAGAAGUCACAAAACAUCUGUAGUGAACAACAAAAAGAAGAGCAAAAGUGCAGCAAACAGCAGUGACAGUGAAGACCUUUCUGCUGGUGAAAGUAUCACUAAAACCCAAUCAGCAAAAUCAGUUGCUACAGGAAUAAAGUCUCAGCAUACCAAAACUCUGGCAAGAACACAGUCUCCAGGAAAAUGUGGGAAAAAUGGAGAGAAGGAUUCAGAUCUUAAGGACCAGAAUACUCGUUUGCCAAAACUUUACAAAUGGAGUUUUCAGAUGUCUGACCUAGAAAACAUGAACAGUGCGGAGCGCAUUGCAAUCCUUCAAGAAAAACUUCAAGAAAUCAGGAAACACUACCUGUCCUUGAAAUCUGAAGUAGCUUCCAUUGACAGACGAAGAAAGCGGUUGAAGAAAAAAGAGCGUGAAAGUGCUGCUACGACAUCGUCGUCCUCUUCCUCACCUUCCUCCAGUUCCAUUACGGCGGCUGUUAUGUUAAGUUUAGCGGAGCCCCCCAUGUCGGGUUCAUCCCAGAAUGGAAUGUCAGUGGAGUGCAGGUGACAGCGAGACUUGCCCAGGCACUUUGCACUUAAUGGCUGCUGAGAGCCACUUUUUAUUAUGCACAGUGGCACAACAUUCAGACAAGCACUAUUUUGUAUUUUUAAAAAAAUUCUUGACAAGCAAACUUUGCACUUAAGUGCACUUUUAUGAAGAAAAAGUACAACAGACUGCUUUUCCUCAAGCAAUAAUUGUUUCCAACGUGUCUGGGAAUUGUAUGUUGAGUGAGUUGAAGGCUUUCCACUGUGGCCAAUGGAGGCUGUCCACUGCCACCACCAGAAUCACCACCAGAAAGCAUACAGUUGUUGGGUAGGCCUGGUUCAUGUGUUAAAGUGGCUUACUGUUCACGUAUUCCCUGGUGUUUUGUUAAAAGCUGGAGCAUUUGAUAUUUUUCCAUUAUUUAGGAAAAAAAUGAACCUAUUUUCAUUUUUACAAGGUAAUUGUUUUUUAACCAAGUCACAUUAACGUGGCUCUAACUGUACAAGUCAAGCACAUGAAAUUGAAUUCCAAACCUGCCGUUCAAUAGGAUGUUUCUCAUCAGACCUGACAACCAAAAAUAAGGAUUCUGUUUCAAAGGCAACUAAUGUUUACAGGUUUGAAUUAGGCUAAGUAGGUUGCUAUGGGUUUUUAAUAACCCAUGAAUUGGAAUGAAACUACUGUACUUUGCCAUUUUUCUACGAAUCAGUAUUUUUUUUAAUUUUGAUAAAAAUACAUUGUGAAAAAAGGAAGAAAAUGGCUAACAAACUGUAUUAAAUCUUAAUGUAUAAAGAUUGUAUUUAGCCAGUUUAAAGUGUAUAUUUAUUCAUAAUGAAUUAUAACACUUAUAUUUUUGUGUUUUCUUGUAAAAGUUUCUUUUCAGUUAAGGCAACAAAUAUUUCAUUUGUAUUGCUUAUUUUAUUAUGAGCUUCAACUGAGAGGUCUUCAAGAAGGAGUGAGCUGUGUUAAUAUUAAGUCAUGGUUGUGAAAGCAGCAUUGCCACAGAAGACUAGUUGUUUAUAAUAUAAAUAGCUAACUGAGUGGUAUAGAAGUUUUUUUUUUAAUUGCCUUGUACAAAAGCAAAACUCAAAACUGUUUUCACUUCUAUCAAAUUUAUGUUGUAUGGAUUCCAGGCCCUCUCUCGUUUGGCACUUGUAUUUAAUUACACAACUUUGUAAGACAUUUGUAUAUUGCGAAAGUGUUCAUUCAAGCUAUUUAAUACCUGGCACUGUUAAUACACAGUACUUUAUUGUACAGAUUGUUUUACUGUUUUAAUUGUAGUUCUGUGUACUUUUUUUGGCUGGGCUUACAGGGGCUGGCAUGUUUUUUUUUUCUUUUCCUUUUCUGGCAAUACAACCUGUAAGAAUUUCAAACAUUCUGUUUGUAGAUGCUAGAGUGUCAGAAUCUUUACAUUUGACUUUUCUAAGAAAAGCAUUUUUGGUCUUAGUAGUGUGCGCUUAAAGGUAACUGAUUUUAUUGAAAAUGGUUUCAAGCUAUUCAGAUAUGUACAGGACUGUAAAAAUGUUGACAAACAUUGGAGGAAAGGCAUAUAAAGUAAAGCUAUAAAAUAUAUAUUAGGUUCCGCAGACAAUGGAAUUAUGUAAUAUAUUGUACAAAUGUAAGCAAAGGCCUCUGAAAUAAAAUGCCAUAGUUUGUGAA